CCUCACUCUUCUUCCGCUUCAUUCCUUUUCUCGUUUUCGCUUUUUAGCAGAAGAGAAAAGAGAAGAAGAGUGCUAGGGUUACUUCACCCCAGAUCUCUCCAAAAACCUUAGAGAGAGAGAGAGAGAGUGCUCGGGUUUUCUCACACUAGUUCUCUUGAAAAACCUUAGAGAGAGAGAGAGAAGAUGGCAAGCAAGGGAUUAUCACAGAAAGAGGCAGAUAUUCAGAUGAUGCUCGCCGCGGACGUGCAUCUCGGGACCAAGAACUGCGAUUUCCAGAUGGAGCGCUACGUCUUCAAGAGAAGAAGCGACGGUAUCUUCAUCAUCAACCUUGGUAAAACAUGGGAGAAACUCCAGCUGGCUGCGAGGGUUAUUGUUGCUAUUGAAAACCCACAAGACAUUAUUGUUCAAUCUGCAAGACCUUACGGUCAGAGAGCUGUUCUCAAGUUUGCACAGUACACAGGUGCUCAUCCAAUUGCAGGGCGACACACGCCUGGAACAUUCACCAAUCAGCUUCAAACAUCUUUCAAUGAGCCUCGCCUUCUCAUCCUCACUGAUCCUAGAACUGACCACCAGCCUAUUAAGGAAGCUGCACUAGGGAACAUUCCUACCAUUGCUUUCUGUGAUACGGAUUCGCCAAUGCGGUAUGUUGAUAUUGGAAUUCCAGCAAACAACAAGGGCAAACACAGCAUUGGUUGUCUGUUCUGGAUGUUAGCAAGGAUGGUCUUGCAGAUGCGUGGUACUAUUCUACCCGGGCAGAAAUGGGACGUGAUGGUGGAUUUGUUUUUCUACAGGGAGCCAGAGGAGGCGAAGGAACAAGAGGAAGAGGAGGUUGCUGUGGCCCCUGAUUUUGGAGCCAAUGAGUACACAACAGUUGCUCUUGGGCUUCAAAGUGAUCAGUGGCCUACCCAAAUGGCCCAAAUCAGCGAUGCCCAGUGGACACCAGAUGUUGCAGCGCCUCCUGCCAUCGCUGCUGUACCUGGGGUUGAAUGGGCUCCAGCUCCAGUUCCGGCAGGCAAUGGAUGGGAUGUGGCUGCUGCCCCACCUAUUGAUGCGGCAGGGAUCGACGACGUUAUUCAUGCACCUGAUCCUGCUCCUGCUACUGGCUGGGAGUAAGAAUAGCGUUAUAUAUCCGAGUUUAGUUGGGUUUUGUUUUCAAACCCAACUCAAAGCAUCUAAUGGUCUGUAGGGUGGGUUGUACCUGGAGUUAUUCUUUUUAAAAAUUUCUGGAGAGUGCAAUUUCCUUUUGAUAGAUACAUACAUGUGUGUUAUUUGGUUUCUAAGAUUUGGAUACUACAAGUUUUGACAUGGAGCAAGGGAUGACUGUUAUGUAGUUAAUCUAAAUACUCAUGCGAUAACAUGAUCGGUUAUUUUCUGCA